UAGAAUUAUGUAUUAUAAUAAGUUGUGAACAAAGAGGGUAAUAGUUUAUAGUGGCAGUUCGGAAUAAAUCGUUGAACGAACUAGGCGCGUUUCAUUGCUGUUCCCUGUCUGCCCCCAAAGGACUAGCUGGCGUUACCCAGGACAUUACAUUUGGCGACGAGUGUGUUUACCUACGUGUGUGUUGUGCGGUUACGGUAUAUCUGUGCGGAUAAAAUGUCGAUCGGUAAAUUGAGCGAGUACAAUGUCAAGGUCGGCUCAUGGUCGUCGUACGUCGAGCGGUUAAAAAUGUACUACAAAGUGAACACAGUAAAGGACGAUAUGAAGCUGCCGAUAUUAAUUGCUUCCAUGGGUGACGAAGCAUACGAAUUGUUGGAAAACUUGUCAAGCCCGACGAAACCAGCCGAUUUAACAUUUGAGAAGGUAGAUGAAUUAAUGAGACAACAUCUGCAACCUACCCCCUCGGCACUAGCGGAACGGUAUCGGUAUAGACAAAGGAGACAGAAUGCCGGAGAAAACAUAGCUGUUUAUGUGGCGGAGUUAAAAAGAUUGUCUAAACACUGUAAGUUCGAGGCAAAUCUGGGUGAAAAUCUGAGGGACCAGUUCGUGUGCGGCUUACGAAGUGACGUCAUACGUCAACGGCUUUUUGCUGAGGACGACACGGUGACUUUUAACCAAGCGGUCAAACUAGCGACGUCAUUGGAAGCAGCAGAAAGGGAUUCAGCGGUAGUGGAGGAGAAUCGAGCGACAGGUAGUGAAGCGGGCGCAGUUCAUGCGAUUGCGUCAUCGCCAGCACGCGGUACGGCGCCGGCGGCUCGGCGUGCGGGCGGGACCGCUGCGGGCGCAGCAUGCCCGGUGGCGGUUGGCGGUGGUACAAAAACGCCAGCGCGACGCUUUUAUGGCGGAGACAAGCGACAUGGCAACGGUUGCGGUGCUUGUGGGGCUCAAAAUCACAACUUUGAGACGUGUCGCUUUAGAGAUUAUGUGUGCAGCAAGUGCCAGCGCACAGGACAUUUGCGGCGGGUAUGCCCGGAGUGGGGCGCACCGACUUCGCUGCGGGGACCGCCUCGUCGCGGAGCUGCGCGAGGCGGACUGCAUUUCGCAGACGCCGAUCGCGAAACAAGCGAGGAGGUCGGCGGGGACAUUGAGGAGGAAUUGCAUCACUUGAGUCUGAAUGAUUAUAAAUCUGUUUAAGGAGUUAUUCGAGGGAGGUCUGGGGCGAUACAGGGGCGGUAAGGCGAGCUUGCGUGUGCGGGAGGGGGCGACGCCGGUGUUCCACCGCGCGCGGCCGCUGCCGUACGCGCUGCACGAGAGAGUGGACGCCGAGCUGGACGCCAUGCUGCGCGCCGGCGUCAUCGAGCCCGUUGACUGCUCCGACUGGGCCUCGCCUCUGGUACCUAUUAAUAAGCCUGAUGGAUCCCUUAGGAUUUGCGCGGAUUAUAAAGCUACGUUAAACCCGUCUUUGCUGGUCGACCGUUAUCCAUUGCCAAAAAUUGAAGAUGUAUUGGUAAAUUUAAACGGAAAUAUGUUUUUCAGCAAGAUUGACCUCUCACAAGCGUACAAUCAGAUAGAAUUGGAUGAAUCUAAAAAGUACACGGUGAUAAACACGCAUAAAGGUUUAUUCCAAUAUAAUAGAUUAGUGUAUGGAUUAGCUUCAAGUGUAGGCAUAUUCCAACGUAUCAUGACUAAUGUACUGAGCGGUAUACCUAAUGUGCAAGUAUUUUUAGAUGACGUAAUAAUUGGCGGUAAAUCCCGAAUGGAACAUUUACAGGCCUUACAAACGGUUUUUCAACGUUUAUUGGAUAAUGGAAUGAAAUUAAAGAAAAGUAAAUGUGUAUUUCUGGCCGAAGAGGUAACUUAUCUCGGUUAUGUGGUUUCUAGAGACGGCAUAAAGCCGGACAGGUCAAAAAUCGAAGCUAUUGUGAAAAUGGAACAACCAAGUAACGUAUCCGAGUUAAGAUCUUUUCUCGGCAUGGUUAAUUUCUUCGGAAGGUUUGUUAGGAAUCUUAGUUCAACAUUGUGUCCCUUAUAUCAAUUGUUACGAAAAGGUGUGGAGUGGAAUUGGAAUGCGGAUUGUGCGCGCAGCUACUCGGAGGUAAAACAAUUACUUGUUAGCGUAAAAAUUCUCGCUCAUUACGACCCUAGUAAGCCAUUGAUAGCAACAUGUGACGCGAGCGCGCGCGGGGUGGGGGCCGUGCUGACGCAGCCGGACGGGCCGCGCGGGGAGCGCCCGGUCGCCUUCGCAUCUCGAACAUUGACUAGCGCCGAACAGAAUUAUUCACAAAUACACCGAGAAGCGCUUGCUAUUAUUUAUUGCAUAAAGAAAUUCCAUCAGUACUUGUACGGGAGGCAUUUCAUACUACGUACGGAUCACAAACCGCUCGUGUCGAUUUUUGGUCCGAAUACAGGCAUACCUACUAUGACGGCCAGUAGGAUGCAGCGCUGGGCGAUCAUCAUGUCCGCUUACCGUUAUGAUAUUGAAUAUGUCAAUACUAAGAGCAACUGUGCAGAUAGUUUAUCGAGAUUACCUUUAAAGUCGGUUGAAAAUAGUUACGGGAAAGUUCCGGAACAGACUUAUUUACAUUUUGCGCAACAGGCGAUGUUAUUAGACUAUAAUGAAAUUAAAAAGCAGACUCGUAGGGACAACAUAUUAAGUCGGGUACUUAAUUACGUACGAGAUGGCUGGCCCGAGCAGUGCGACAUUGAUGGCUUAAAACCGUAUUUUAACAGGAAAACAGAGUUGUACGAGGAAUUGGGUUGUCUUAUGUGGGGCCAUAGGGUGGUCAUUCCCGAGGGUUGUCGAGGUAAAGUCUUAGAUAUAUUACAUGAGCCUCAUAUGGGCAUUGUGAAGUCCAAGGCAUUAGCACGUAGUUACGUGUGGUGGGCAGGCAUAGACGAGG